CUGGGCGCGGGGAGAUGACGUCACACUAGCCGGACCGCGGUUGCUGGAGCUUGGGCCCUCGCAGCUGACCGCGAGUAGGGACGGGCUGCGACGGCGCUACGAUGACCAUUUGCCAGUUUUUCCUUCAAGGCCGGUGCCGCUUCGGAGACCGCUGCUGGAACGAGCAUCCCGGCGCCCGGGGUGCGGCCGGGGCCCGGCAGCCGCCACCACAGCAGCAGCCGCCCUCAGGGGGUAACCGUCGGGGGUGGAAUGCAGGCAGCCAGAGGUACUCCAACGUCAUCCAGCCGUCCAGUUUCUCCAAGAGCACGCCCUGGGGUGGCAGCAGAGGUCAGGACAAACCGCCCUUCGGCCCUUUUGAUUCUGGAGCUUCUACCAGCAGAGGCUUUGGGUCACCUCAAAACCCUUUUGCCUCACCUCUCUCUGAUGAGCAGAAAGAUGAAAAGAAACUUCUGGAAGGAAUUGUUAAGGACGUAGAGGUUUGGGAGUCUUCGGGGCAGUGGAUGUUUUCUGUUUACUCACCAGUGAGAAAGAAACCCAACAUUUCAGGUUUCACAGACAUUUCACCGGAAGAGUUGAGGCUUGAGUACCAUAACUUCUUAACCAGCAACAACUUGCAGAGCUAUCUAAACUCUGUUCAACAGCUCGUAAAUCAGUGGAGGAAUAGGAUAAAUGAACUGAAAAAUCUAAAUAUGUCGACCAAAGGAGCUCUGCUCUCUGACGUAAAGGAUGGGGUCAGCCAAGCAGCACCUGCGUUUGGAUUUGGAAGUAAGCAAGCAGGGACGUUUGGGUCACCAGGUUUUCCAGUGAAUAACAGCAGCAGCACUACUGUUCAGAGCUUCAGUUUUAAAACAAGCCCUGGACUGGCCACUGCUCCUUCUGGAAGCACCUCGGUGUUUGGAAGUCACCCAGCCUUUGGGGCUGGGCCCUCUGCUGGCUCUGCUGUCUCAUCCUCCAUUCCAGCCUUUGGACUUGGGAAACCUGAAGCCACAUCUGCUGCGUCAUUUUCAUUCAAGAGCCCUGAAGCUUCCAGCUUUGGAUCGCCUGGGUUUUCAGGAUUUCCAGCUCCCAUGGCAACAAGUCCCUUUGGCCCUGCCACAGCCCCUGCCUUUGGAAGUUCUGUGGCUGCUUUCGGCAGUCCUAGCCCACAUUCUCAGACUGUGUUUGCCAAGCCUUGCACUGAUGUGUUUGGAGGUAGCAGCAUAUCCACCUCUGCCCCAGCUUCCAGUGCCCCGGAUAACGCGCUGUUCACACCCAGGGAUCAGCUGACAAAGGAAGAACUGGAACAGUUUCAGUCCCAGAAAUUUACCCUGGGGAAAAUCCCACUGAAGCCGCCACCUGUUGAGCUUCUGACUGUAUAAGGAUCGGGUGCAAUACAGAAAGAGUGCUUUAGCCAGGCUCGCUGUGCAGCCUACAGUCUGGGAGGCUGAGCAGCGUUCGCCUCACAUUCAGGCCAGUGUGUUCAGCAGAGUGGUAAGAGACCAGCAGCUCUGUGUGGGACCUUCAAAGAGAAAGAGCUGAUGGCUUUUAAAGCAAUGUUUUUAUAGUGCUGGGAAUCACUGGGGCCUCACCCAGGCAAGGCGAGUACUACCUGACCCAUACUCCACCCUAACUAUGACUUCUGAGGUUGUCCUGAUGAGUUUGUGUGUAUAUGGAACAUAGGCUUUCAGUAAUUUGAGAGAUUUAACUUUUCUAAACAUCUAGGUAAAUAAAGGACAGCCAAAAAGUCAAUAAGCAAGGGAAAUAUUUUGGGCUGUAAUUAUGAGUGGAACUCAGACAGUGUAUUGAAUAAAGUAAUUUUCACCUUC